AUGGAGAGACCAAGCGACUCUUGGUCAGACCUUGCUAGUCUGGAUCCAGAGUCAGAGAAAUACAAGCGGAUCCACAUCAUUAUCUCAUCAGCAGACUUCUGUUAUCUGGAAAAACGCGGACUGGAGGCCCGAAGAAAAUUCCACCCAGCCUUGUCUGCCAACAUUAAGUGCCGCAUUAACACGUCGCGUUUUGAUCUUGGCUUCUAUAAUCUUGUCCUCGAGCUCUCCUUUACGGACAAUAUUUAUUGGAUCGCCCGCAUUCCCUAUAAAGCCUUCAACGACGAUGACAGAACCUCAAUGCUUAGCGAGAUCGCAACAAUGAAAAUUGUUAAGAAGCAUACCAAGGUUCCAAUCCCUCAAGUCUUUGACUUUGAAGUGUCUGCAAAUCAAGCCUUUGGCUACCCAUAUAUCUUGUUGGAAUAUCUAGGGGGUCGGACGCUCAAAGAUCUCCUAGUGAGGUCUAUUCCCCUUGUGUAUCACGACAAAGUGGCCAAACAGCUUGCUGAGGUCUUUGCAGAAUUACAAAACUUGACUUUUAGCCGCAUUGGGCGUCUCUGGUGUGGUGAGGAUGCCGAACAGACUAUUGAAAUAAUAGGUAUGGCCUGGCAUGCGUUACCUGGCCCUUUAGAGACUUCGCUUGAGUAUUUUUACCAUCAGAUACAGAGCGAUAACCGAGAAGCGGCUACGGCACAUGGGGACGAUCCAGAUUGGCUGACGGCGUGCUGGGUACUAAAACUAUCACUCUGUCAAAUAAUGGUUGAGGAUAGGGCUCGGGGCCCUUUCCCGCUGUGCCAUCUUGAUCUUCACUAUGGCAAUAUGCUAUUCGAUGAUGAAUACAAUCUGAAAGGGAUCAUAGAUUGGAGCAAUGCCCAAGCUGCACCUCUGGAGCAGCUAUCAAUUUGUCCUGAGUUCUCAAUUUUCCCAGCGCUAUCGGAUGAGCAAAACAAGCCUGCAAGAGAGUUCAAGGCCUCAGUUGUGAACCACUUAAAAGAUACAGAGAGUGCCCAGGAAACCAAUAAGACCGAGGGUGCAGAUCGUACCGACAUUCGCUGGAGCGACGUCAACGGUGAUGGUCAAGCCGACAUGAUAUCGGCGGACAAGUUCAACGGUGACGCCAAGGUCUACUACAACAAGGGAUAG